CCCGCCUCCAAUAUGGCGGCGCCCAGGGUCUCAAGCUGCACGUGAUAAGGAUUCUGAACACUUGGGAAUCCCGGAGUGCAUAUUUCCCCUCCUUACCGUCGGUUGCGUACCUUGGACGCUCUCCUGGGUCCUCUUGGGCCGCUGCCCCUUUGCAGCCAUGAAGACAAAGCCCGUUUCCCACAAGACCAAGAACACGCACCGGUUUCUUACAUUUGCUGAACGACUAGGGAAUGUGAAUAUUGAUAUUAUUCACCGGAUUGAUAGAACUGCAAGCUAUGAUGAGGAAGUUGAAACCUACUUUUUUGAGGGUCUGCUGAAAUGGAGAGAAUUGAACCUUACAGAACACUUUGGGACAUUUUACAAAGAAGUUAUUGACAAAUGCCAGUCAUUCAAUCAGUUGGUCUAUCAUCAAAAUGAGAUAGUUCUGAGUUUGAAGACUCACCUGCAAAUCAAGAAUAGUUUCGCCUAUCAACCCCUUUUAGAUUUGGUUGUACAGUUGGCACGAGAUCUGCAGACAGACUUCUAUCCACAUUUUCAGGAUUUUUUCCUGACUAUCACCGCCAUCCUGGAGACCAAGGACACAGAGCUGUUAGAAUGGGCUUUCACCUCAUUGUCAUAUCUUUACAAGUACCUGUGGAGACGGAUGGUGAAGGACAUGUCCAGUAUAUACAGCAUGUAUAGUACACUCCUGGCUCAUAAAAAACUACAUAUAAGAAAUUUUGCUGCUGAAAGCUUUACUUUUUUGAUGAGAAAGGUUUCUGAUAAAAAUGCACUUUUCAAUUUAAUGUUUCUUGAUCUUGGUGAACAUCCAGAAAAAGUAGAAGGAGUUGGACAAUUGCUCUUUGAAAUGUGCAAAGGAGUUAGAAAUAUGUUUCACUCCUGUACAGGGAAGGCAGUGAAGCUGAUUUUGCAAAAGCUAGGACCAGUUACUGAAACAGAAACUCAACUACCGUGGAUUUUAGUUGGAGAAGCAUUCAAAAGCAUGGUCAAAUCCACUGCAUUCUACAUCUACAAGGAACAUUUUGGUACAUUUUUUGAAUGUUUGCAAGAGUCACUCCUGGAUCUACAUGCAAAAGUAACCAAAGUUAACUGUGGUGAAAGUUCUGAACAGAUAAAGAGAUUGUUAGAAACAUAUUUGAUACUUGUGAAACAUGGAAGUGGAUCUAAGAUAACCAAACCUACUGAUGUUUGUAAGAUAUUCUCUCAAACAUUACAAAUAGCCAAUCUCUCCACAUCUUGCCAGGAGACCCUCUUGGAUGUAAUUUCUGCUUUGCUCCUAGGUGAAAAUGUUUCCUUGCCAGAGAUCCUUAUCAAAGAAACCAUAGAAAAGAUUUUUGAGAGCAGAUUUGAAAGAUGUUUAAUUUUGGAUUUUUCCGAAGUCAUGUUUGCUAUGAAGCAGUUUGAGCAGCUCUUCCUACCCAGCUUUCUCUCGUACAUUGAGAAUUGCUUCUCAAUUAAUGAUGUUAUGGUCAAAGAUGAAGCUUUGGCCAUUUUGGCCAAGCUUAUUCUGAACAAAGCAGCACCUCCCACUGCUGGUUCCAUGGCGAUAGAGAAGUACCCUCUUGUCUUCUCACAACACACGCUGGGGUCCUACAUAAGGCAGAAGAAGACUAGAUCCAGGGGAAGGAAGGAACAGAUCCCAGUGCUGGACCACCUUUUGUCUAUAAUUCAGUCAUCCCCAAAUAAUGAUACUACUUACCUUUCACAUUCUUGGGCAGCCCUUAUUGUGUUACCUCAUAUUAGACCUCUUGAGAAAGAAAAGGUGAUACCGCUAAUCACAUGCUUUAUAGAGUCACUCUUCAUGACUGUUGACAGAGGAAGCUUUCGAAAAGGAAACUUAUUUGUUCUUUGUCAAGCUGUAAAUACUCUGCUAAAUUUGGAAGACUCUUCUGAACUUCUCCACUUGGUUCCUGUGAAACGUGUGAAGAAUUUGGUGUUAACGUUUCCCUGGGAGCCCUCUGUGCUGCUGUUAGCUGAUCUCUAUUAUCAGAGACUCUCCUUGUGUGGCUGCAAAGGGCCACUUUCUGAGGAAGCUUUAAUGGAGUUAUUUCCCAAGCUGCAAGCAAACAUUUCCACUGGGAUAGCCAAGAUUCGCCUUUUGACAAUAAGGAUCCUAAACCAUUUUGAGGUUCAACUUCCAGAACUGAUGGAGGAUGACGGGCUCUCAGAGCGUCAGUCGGCCUUUGCUAUAUUACGCCAAGCAGAACUUGUACCAGCAACUGUGAGUGAUUACAGAGAGAAGCUUCUUCAUUUGCAAAAACUAAGACACGAUGUGGUGCAGACUCUACUCCCUGGUGGGCCAUUACAGGAGGUGCCACUUCGUUAUUUAUUAGGCAUGUUGUAUGUUAACUUCAGUGCCCUCUGGGAUCCUGUUAUUGAACUCAUAAGUUCUCAUGCACAUGAAAUGGAAAAUAAGCAAUUUUGGAAAGUCUACUAUGAGCAUCUAGAAAAAGCAGCUACACAUGCUGAGAGAGAGCUGCAAAAUGAUGUAAGAGAUGAGAAGUCCAUUGGAGAUGAAAGUUGGCAGCAGACUCAGGAAGGAGAUGUUGGAACUCUUUAUCUUAAGCAGUUAGCAUUGAAAACUGACUGUCAGGAAAGACUGGACCAUACCAACUUUCGAUUUUUGCUCUGGCAAGCUCUGGCAAAAUUCCCAGAGAGGGUAGAGCCACGGUCCAGGGAGCUUUCCCCGCUUUUCUUGAGAUUUAUCAACAAUGAGUAUUACCCAGCAGAUCUGCAAGUUGCUCCAACACAGGAUUUGCGAAUAAAAGGCAAAGCAGUGGCAGCAGAGGAGAUAGAGGAGGAACCUGUUGCUGGAGAUGACGAGGCAUUGGAGGAAGAGGUGGUGCCCCAAGGUGAGCCCUCACAGAAGAAAAAGACAAGAAGAGCUGCAGCAAAGCAGCUGAUUGCUCAUCUGCAAGUUUUCUCAAAGUUUUCGAAUCCACGAGCCUUAUAUCUGGAAUCCAAAUUGUAUGAGUUAUAUCUUCAGUUGUUGCUACACCAGGAUCAAAUGGUGCAGAAAAUAACCCUGGAUUGCAUAAUGACAUAUAAACAUCCACAUAUCCUCCCUUACAGGGAAAACUUACAAAGAUUGCUUGAAGACAGAAGCUUUAAGGAAGAGAUAGUGCAUUUUAGCAUUUCUGAAGAUAAUUCAGUAGUGAAAACAGCCCACCGAGCAGAUUUGUUUCCUAUUCUGAUGAGAAUUUUGUAUGGCCGAAUGAAGAAUAAGACUGGGAGUAAAACUCAGGGGAAAUCGGCUUCUGGCACUCGCAUGUCCAUUGUCCUGAGGUUCCUUGCUGGGACCCAACCUGAGGAGAUCCAGAUAUUCUUAGACCUGCUGUUUGAACCUGUGAAGCACUUCAAAAAUGAGUCUGAUAUUCAGUCAGGUUUUACCAGAUAUGCCAAGAAGGAGGAAAAUUUUACUUGCAAUGAGGAGAAAAAACAAUCAAUAGAAGCAGACCCAGAAGUGACCCAGAUAGAAUUAGACAUGGGUUUAGAAUACUUAAUACAGCUGAGGUUUAUUAACCCACUGAAAAACUUAAGACGCCUUGGACUCAAAAUGGUAACUGAUAUCUUUUUGGAUUGGGAGUCCUAUCAGUUCAGAACAGAAGAAAUUGAUGCUGUAUUUCAUGGUACAGUUUGGCCUCAGAUCAGCAGACUUGGAUCUGAGAGUCAGUAUUCUCCUACCCUUCUGCUGAAACUAAUUAGUAUCUGGAGCAGAAAUGCAAGGUAUUUCCCUUUACUGGCUAAACAGAAACCUGGGCACCCAGAAUGUGAUAUCCUGACCAAUGUUUUUGCAAUUCUGUCAGCAAAGAAUCUCUCUGAAGCCACAGCCAGUAUUGUGAUGGACAUAGCUGAUGACCUUCUUAACCUUCCAGAUUUUGAGCCCACGGAAACAGUUUUGAGCUUGCCAGUAACUGAAUGCAUAUACCCAAAAAGUGCAGAUGAGUCUAUCACAGUAGGAGGACGAUUAAUUCUACCUCAUGUACCGGCAAUUCUCCAGUAUCUAAGCAAAACCACAAUAAGUACAGAAAAGGUGAAAAAGAAAAAGAAUAGGGUACAACUCAGUAAGGAACUUGGCAUUCUUUCAAAGAUCAGCAAGUUUAUGAAAAACAAGGAACAAAGUUCUCUACUUAUUACUCUUCUUCUUCCGUUCCUCCACCGUGGCAGUAUUUCUCAGGAUACAGAGGGUGAUAUUUUGGUGACAGUACAAAACCUGUUAAAACAUUGUCUGGAGCCUACAAGCUUCCUCAAGCCUCUGGCAAAACUCUUCUCAGUUGUUAAGAACAAGUUAUCGAGACAAUUGCUUUGUACAGUUUUCCAGACUCUUUCUGAUUUUGACAGUGGAUUAAAAUAUAUUACUGAUGUUGUCAAGCUUAACGCCUUUGAUCAAAGACAUCUUGAUGAUAUCAACUUUGAUGUUCGCUUCUCAACAUUCCAGACCAUCACCUCUUAUAUUAAAGACAUGCAAACUGUGGAUGUUAACUACCUAAUUCCAGUUAUGCAUAAUUGUUUUUAUAAUCUGGAGCUAGGAGACAUGUCUUUAAGUGAUAAUGCUAGCAUAUGCUUGAUGAGUAUCAUCAAAAAGCUAGCUGCCUUGAAUGUCACAGAGAAAGAAUAUAGAGAAAUCAUUCAUCUUUCACUCCUGGAGAAACUGAGGAAAGGACUGAAGAGUCAGACAGAGAGUUUUCAACAGGAUUAUACCACACUGCUUUCCUGUUUAAUUCAAACCUUUCCAAAUAAACCAGAAUUUAAAGACUUGGUACAGCUUACUGACUGCCAUGAUCCAGAAAUGGACUUCUUUGAGAAUAUGAAGCACAUUCAGAUACACAGAAGAGCAAGAGCCUUGAAGAAACUGGCAAAACAACUAAUGGAAGGCAAAGUUGUGCUGUCUUCUAAAUCUCUUCAGAAUUACAUCAUGCCUUAUGCUAUGACUCCAAUUUUUGAUGAGAAAAUGCUCAAGCAUGAAAAUAUAACUGUUGCUGCCACAGAGGUUAUUGGAGCUAUUUGCAAACAUCUCUCUUGGUCAGCAUAUAUAUAUUACUUGAAACAUUUCAUUCAUGUGUUACAGACAGGACAAACCAAUCAAAAGCUGGGUGUCAGUUUGCUAGUGACAGUACUAGAAGCAUUCCACUUUGACCACAGAACUCUUGAAGAACAAAUGAGAAAAAUUCAGAACAAAGGAAACACGAUAGAAGUGACUGAGUUGCCAGAGCAUGAACCGACGGAAUCAGAGCGUAUGGAUGAGAAUGAGAAGGAAAAUAAAUGUGAGAGUUCGUCAUACAGCAAUGAAGAACUGGGAAACCCUGAUCCAGCCGACUGUGAUGGAACAUCAGCUAAGGAAUCGGAGUAUGUUUCGAAGUCCAUCUCUUUCCUUCCUCGGAAUAAGGAAGAAUUGGAGAGAACAAUUAAAAAUAUCCAAGGAACCAUAACUGGAGACAUCAUACCCAGGCUACAUAAAUGUCUGGCAUCUACGACUAAAAGGGAAGAAGAACACAAGCUCAUAAAAUCCAAGGUUGUGAAUGAUGAGGAAGUAGCUCGAGUUCCUUUAGCUUUUGCCAUGGUUAAACUAAUGCAGUCCCUUCCACAGGAAGUUAUGGAAGCCAAUCUGCCAAGUAUUCUGCUCAAAGUGUGUGCCCUCCUCAAAAACAGAGCACAGGAAAUCAGAGACAUUGCACGGAGCACCCUUGCAAAAAUAAUAGAAGAUCUGGGCGUGCACUACCUACAAUAUGUUUUAAAAGAAUUACAGUCUACCCUUGUCCGUGGAUAUCAGGUCCAUGUGCUGACUUUCACUGUUUACAUGUUGCUCCAAGGCCUCACCAACAAGCUACAAGUUGGAGAUUUGGAUUCUUGUUUAGAUAUAAUGAUUGAGAUUUUUAACCACGAGUUGUUUGGUGCUAUUGCUGAAGAGAAAGAAGUAAAGCAGAUCCUCUCCAAAGUUAUGGAGGCACGAAGAAGCAAGAGUUAUGAUUCCUAUGAAAUCCUUGGCAAGUUUGUUGGAAAAGAUCAGUUUACAAAACUUAUCCUUCCAUUAAAAGAGAUCUUACAGAAUACCACAAGCUUAAAAAUGGCCCGGAAAGUUCAUGAAACCUUACGACGAAUCAUAGCAGGAUUAAUUGUAAAUCAGGAAAUGACGGCAGAAUCCAUUCUAUUGCUCAGUUAUGGUUUGGUCAGUGAAAAUCUCCCCCUGUUAACAGAGAAAGAAAAAAAUCCAGCAGCCCCUGCACCAGAUCCACGUCUACCGCCUCAGAGCUGCCUUCUGCUCCCCCCAACUCCAGUUCGAGGUGGACAGAAAGCUGUUGUGAGCAGGAAAACCAACAUGCACAUACUUAUUGAGUCGGGGCUUCGGCUGCUACAUCUGAGUCUGAAGACUUCCAAGAUCAAGUCUUCAAGUGAACAUGUUCUAGAAAUGUUGGAUCCUUUUGUGUCUCUCCUUGUCGACUGCUUGGGUUCCAUGGAUGUAAAAGUGAUCACAGGUGCUUUACAGUGCCUGAUUUGGGUCUUGAGGUUCCCUCUGCCCUCCAUAGAAACAAAAGCAGAACAGCUGACGAAACACCUUUUCCUUUUGCUGAAGGACUAUGCAAAACUUGGGGCUGCCAAGGGCCAGAACUUCCAUCUGGUGGUAAAUUGUUUCAAGUGUGUAGCCAUACUUGUAAAGAAAGUGAAGUCUUACCGGAUAACUGAAAAGCAGCUGCAUGUUCUGCUGGCAUAUGCGGAGGAGGACAUUUACGAUACUUCAAGACAAGCCACUGCAUUUGGUCUUCUGAAGGCUAUUUUAUCAAGAAAGUUAUUGGUCCCAGAAAUUGAGGAUGUCAUGCGGAAAGUAUCCAAGUUGGCAAUUUCUGCGCAAACUGAACCUGUCAGAGUCCAGUGCAGACAGGUUUUUCUGAAAUAUAUUCUUGACUAUCCCCUGGGUGACAAAUUGAGACCAAACUUGGAAUUCAUGCUUGCUCAAUUGAAUUAUGAACAUGAGACUGGGAGAGAGUCUGCCUUGGAAAUGAUCACCUAUCUCUUCGACACAUUCCCUCAGGGACUGCUCCAUGAGAACUGCGGAAUGUUCUUCAUUCCUCUUUGUCUAAUGACAGUGAAUGAUGACUCUGCCAUGUGUAAGAAGAUGGCAUCCAUGACAAUCAAGUCAUUACUCAGUAAAAUCAACCUUGAGAAAAAAGAUUGGCUCUUUAGUAUGGUGACCACCUGGUUUGGAGCAAAAAAGAGCUUAAGUAGACAACUAGCUGCCCUAAUCUGUGGCUUGUUUGUGGAAAGUGAAGGUGUCACCUUUGAGAGAAGACUUGGAACUAUUCUUCCUGUGAUUGAAAAAGAAAUUGAUCCUGAAAACUUUAAAAAUAUCAUGGAAGAGGCUGAAGAAAAAGCUGCAGAUCACCUUCUGUUUAGGUUUCUUAUACUGAUAAGUAAACUCAUCAAGGAAUGUAAUAUUAUUCGGCUUACCAAGCCCUCUAAAACUUUGCGUGAAAUCUGGAGUCAUGUGCACGCUCACCUGACACAUCCACACAACUGGGUGUGGCUCACUGCAGCCCAGAUUUUUGGAUUGCUUUUUGCCUCUUGCCAACCAGAGGAUCUUACUAGAAAAUGGACUGCCAAAACAACUAAGAAGAAACUCUCAGGACCUGUAGCAGUCAGGUUCCUAACAAGCGACCUUGACCAAACGAUGAAAAGUAUCUCCCUAGCCUCUUGCCGUCAAUUGCAUUCCAAAUUCUUAGAUGAGUCUUCAGGAGAGCAGGUUGUGAAGAAUUUGUUAUUUGUAGCAAAAGUCUUAUAUUUACUGGAAUCUGAUUCUGAGGAUAAGCAAAAUGAGAUAAAAGAAAUGGAAGAACAAACCUUAAGAGAUGGUAUGGUCAGAAAGGAGGUAGAACUCGAGGCCGGUGCAGAUGAGGUGGAAUCUGACAAUGAAGCGAUGAAGGAUGAACACAGCAAGCCAGCCACACUGCUGUGGUUGAUACAGAAGUUGUCCCGGAUUGCAAAACUGGAAGCUGCCUAUUCACCUAGAAACCCCUUGAAGAGAACAAGCAUCUUUAAGUUUCUCGGAGCUAUAGCAAUGGAUCUUGGAGUAGACAAGGUGAAGCCCUAUCUCCCAGUGAUCAUAGCUCCUUUGUUUCGAGAACUAAACAGCACCUAUUCGGACCAAGAUCCUUUGCUGAAGAAUCUAUCCCAGGAAAUCAUAGAAUUACUCAAAAAGCUGGUUGGACUCGAGAGCUUCUCAUUAGCCUUUGCCUCUGUACAGAAACAGGCUAAUGAGAAAAGGGCACUCCGGAAAAAAAGGAAGGCUUUGGAGUUUGUAACUAACCCUGAUAUUGCUGCCAAGAAAAAGCUGAAGAAACACAAAAAUAAAAGUGAAGCAAAGAAGAGGAAGAUAGAAUUUCUGCGUCCAGGCUAUAAGGCCAAGAGACAAAAGAGCCACAGCCUAAAAGAUUUAGCAAUGGUAGAAUAAAAUGCUCCCUGUGCUGAUACAGUGUCUCAGCUUACCUCUAAGCGUGAACUUCCUAGUGUAUCUGCUAGUCUGAGGGAUUUAUUAUUUAAAGUAACAAAAUAUCUUUUAUGAUUUAAAUUAAACUUUGGUACAGAUUGUAUGUUAUA